CUGGGGACACAGGGUGUGUGAGGGCCCUCUCACUCCACUCCUCUCUUCUUGUCCACAGAGGCCGCCCCUGUCAGCACCAGCAUGUCUUACAGCGUGACCCUGACUGGGCCUGGGCCCUGGGGCUUCCGUCUGCAGGGGGGCAAGGACUUCAACAUGCCCCUCACUAUCUCCCGGAUCACACCGGGCAGCAAGGCAGCCCAGUCCCAGCUCAGCCAGGGUGACCUCGUGGUAGCCAUUGACGGCGUCAACACAGACACCAUGACCCACCUGGAGGCCCAGAACAAGAUCAAGUCGGCCAGCUACAACCUGAGCCUCACACUGCAGAAGUCGAAGCGACCCAUUCCCAUCUCCACGGCAGCACCCCCGAUCCAGUCUCCACUGCCAGUGAUCCCCCACCAGAAGGACCCUGCUCUGGACACGAACAGCAGCCUGGUGGCGCCCAGCCCCAACCCCGAGGCGAGGGCCGGCCCGGGCACCCCAGAGGUCAGGCAGACCUUUAGCUCCUCCUUCUCCCAGACCUCCGCCUUCUCCUCCCACGUGGAGGCCUCUGACCCCGGCCCUCCACAGGGCAGCCCAGGGGCCAAGACCAACCCGGAGGGAGCCCUGGACUCACUCAGCCCGAAAGUGCCACUGGGCUCGAGCCAGCCAAGGCAGUAUAACAACCCCAUUGGCCUGUACUCGGCAGAGACCCUGAGGGAGAUGGCUCAGAUGUAUCAGAUGAGCCUCCGAGGGAAGGCCUCAGGUGCUGGACUCCCAGGAGGGAGCCUUCCUGUUAAAGACCUCGCUGUGGACAGCGCCUCUCCCGUGUAUCAGGCUGUGAUUAAGAACCAGAACAAGCCUGAAGAUGAGGCUGAGGAGUGGGCCCGCCGCUCCUCCAACCUUCAGUCUCGCUCCUUCCGCAUCCUGGCCCAGAUGACAGGGACAGAAUACAUGCAAGACCCCGAUGAAGAAGCCCUGCGAAGGUCCAGCACCCCUAUUGAGCAUGCUCCAGUGUCCACCAGCCAGGCCACCACCCCGCCGCUGCCCGCUUCUGCCCAGCCGCCCAUUGCUGCCUCUCCCAGUGCAGCCUCGCCACCCCUGGCCGCAGCUGCUGCCCAUGCCGCCACCGCCUCCGCCGCGGCCCCUGCUUCCAGCCGUGCGGACAGUCCAAGGCCCCAGGCCUCUGCUCACAGUACCGCCAAGGCGACGUCUCCAGCACCCGCUGUCCAUACAUACACCGAAGCCCCAGCUGCGCCUGCGCCCGCGCCCAAGCCUCGGGUUGUCACCACUGCCAGCAUUCGGCCUUCUGUCUACCAGCCAGUGCCUGCAAAUACCUACAGCCCAUCCCCAGGGGCCAAUUACAGUCCCACUCCCUACAUGCCCUCCCCUGCCCCUGCCUACACCCCCUCCCCAGCACCAGCCUAUACCCCCUCGCCUGCCCUUACCUACUCUCCCUCCCCAGCAUCAGCCUAUACCCCCUCGCCUGCCCCAAGCUAUAACCCUGCAUCCUCAGCGGCCUACAGCGGGGGCCCUGCUGAAUCUGCCAGCCGCCCUCCUUGGGCGACAGAUGACAGCUUCUCUCAGAAGUUUUCCCCUGGCAAGAGCAGCACCUCCAUCAGCAAGCAGACCCUGCCUGGAGGGACUCCUGCCUACACUCCAGGUUCCCAGGUGUCCCCUCUUGCCAGGGGCACCUUCCAGAGGGCAGAGCGCUUCCCAGCCAGCAGCCGGACUCCACUCUGUGGCCACUGCAACAAUGUCAUCCGGGGCCCCUUUCUGGUAGCCAUGGGCCGCUCCUGGCACCCAGAGGAGUUCAACUGUGCUUACUGCAAGUCCUCCCUGGCAGACGUGUGCUUUGUGGAGGAGCAGAACAACGUCUACUGCGAGCGCUGUUAUGAGCAGUUCUUUGCCCCAAUCUGUGCCAAGUGCAACACCAAAAUCAUGGGGGAAGUGAUGCACGCCCUGAAACAGACCUGGCACACCACUUGCUUCAUCUGUGCAGCCUGCAAGAAGCCCUUCGGGAACAGCCUCUUCCACAUGGAAGAUGGGGAGCCCUACUGUGAGAAAGACUACAUCAAUCUGUUCAGCACCAAGUGUCACGGCUGCGAUUUCCCUGUGGAGGCUGGUGACAAGUUUAUCGAAGCUCUGGGACACACCUGGCAUGACACCUGCUUCAUUUGUGCAGUCUGCCAUGUGAAUCUGGAGGGGCAGCCGUUCUACUCCAAGAAGGACAAACCCCUGUGCAAGAAGCACGCACACGCCAUCAACGUGUAGGGAGCCUGGCGUCUGCUGCGUACCGGCGGGAGUGCCCCUGCCUCUGGCGACAGGCUUCAAGAAGGCUGGUGUUUCUUUUCGGAGGAAAGGGGGAAGACUGGAAGCAACUGAGCUCUUUUGAAGUAUAGUUUUAGUCCUUUCUUCUGUACACAGAUUGUGUAUUUGCAUAGUUCAGACUAGAAUCCAAAUGAAGAUCCCUAAACCAAGCUAGUAACUAAUCCAAGACUGGAAUUGUACUUCAGAUCUUUAGGAGAGAGCUCCAAGAACUCAAAAGUGAGAAACAAAAAGUAACUUUCCCAAAGUGAUACACUUCCUGAGGCCCUGAGAGCGGGGGCAGAGCGGGCAGUUGCUGAGAACUGGCAGCAUUCUGUGGAGUUUAGAGCCCUCCUGGCAAACAGAAUAAAGUGCCAAACAGUUCGCGCUGCUGGGUAUUUUUAGAGCCAGAGCUGAGAGAUUGUUAGCUCAGACCGAUUGGGCUUUCCUCACCAAAAAAGGAAGUGUUGUUCCGUUACUAGUGUCAUGGAGCUGUCCCUCAGCAUCAGACUUCAGACCGAACAAACUUGACCCUUCUAAGGGGAGCCAGACAUGCAGACGAAGUCUUCUGGGAGCCGAGGGGCAACGGGUCAGCUGCAGGAAGGCUCUGGCUCACGCUGCUGAGGGCUCCCCUCUCCCAGUCGGCAACACCGAGGUCCAGAAGGCCUGGCUCCUGUUUGAAUUGAGACAGGAAAGUGAAAUUGGGUUUUUCCAGUUUUGUUUUGCUGUGUGUGGAGAUUUAAAAACGGCUCUGGGUUCUGUCUGGCCUUUGUUUUGCUUUGUGAGGUUCUUGAGCGUGAAUGCCCAGUCACGUGCAAGUCUUUCACUCCCGGUCCUAUGCUCUCUUAUGAUGUUUUCCUUGGCAGCCCUGCCCCCAGCAGGCUGGGGCCUGUGGAAGAGAGAGACAGUGCCUGAAACAGGGUAGCAAAUGGGCUGAGAACAUGCCCAACCCUGGGUGGGGAAGAGGAGCCUCACACUCUGCCAGCCUCAGAACGCAGGGGUGGACAGGGC